ACGUGUUCGAGAGCUUUAGAACGUUGUUUGCAAUUGCGGAAAGCGGUAGCGAGGCCAGAGACACGGCCACGGCGAUAGUUUUUAACAGAAAAGAGUGCAAGAUGCAAGAAUAGCCGAGUUCGAGUCCAGCCAGCGGAGCAAUAGUUAAUUGAGGAAUAAUCGGAGUCGGCGCCCCAAGAUCCAGCACAUAGCCAAGAAAUAGCUGAACUAUUGACAGGCCAGCCAAAAAACGAAGUACAUAUAUAUAACGAAUUUCGUUCUCGUAUCUCAACACUUCAACAUCUCAACACACCGUGAACUUUCAACACAAAAAAGAAGAAAAAAACAGAAAAGAAAAGAAAAGAAAGGCCGAACGGUUGGUCAAAAUGUGAAAAUUCAACAACUAACUCAACUCAGAAUCAAAUGAUUGAUGUAGCAACGCAACGCAACUCAAAAUCGGCCAUAAAACCAGCACAUUUUAAUCAAAUAUGGGAAAAAUAAAUAGAAAAUAGAAUAAAUAUAUAUAUAUAUAUAUAUAUUAUACAUGUAUAUGCUGAAUGCGAGAGGAGAGAAGAUCAUAAAAUACAUAUUUUAUGAAAGUUUUUUGCAUAUUUUUUUUACUGUUUGGCCAAAAAAUAAACUGAGUGUGUUCAUAAAGCAGUACAAUGUAAAAUUAUACGCAAGUCUUAACGCAAGGAUAAACCAAUAAAUAAUUAGUUUAAACACUAAACUACUGUUUCAAUGGAUUCAGGCGAAUUUUCCGAAUUUCCGUAGCAACAAAGGACAUCGCUUGUUCAGAACUUGAGGCGGAUUUUGAUGCAUUUUAAUCCUGCUACGGUUGUUACAAAAGGGCGUUCUAUGAAACGUUCCAGAGAGUGAAUAUUAGAUUUGAAUUUUAUAUCAUUGUCUUGUUUAUUUUCCGAGCUUCCUUGAGCCAAGUCAAGCCAGUUCGCCGUGUGAUGAAUGCACAAUCCCAGCAGAAUCUGCGAGCCAUUGAAAACCAGAAACCGAAAACCAAAUCACAGCCUCAGUCACGAAAGCAAAAGCAAAAGCAAACCCACUGCCACUGACACACAGCAAAAGCCUAGCCUAUACCAUAUAUAUACCAAAUGGAAAUUAAAAUGUUCGAUCGCUGCGAGCCGAUGGUCUAGAACGAGGAUAACUACUGCAAAUCAAUUCGGGAACCCACGGGGACACUGGGACACUGAUACUACUGGAGGGAAGUUAACUAAUGCAAGACAGAUAUUUUUAAGUACCACAUGAAGGCAGUUUUCUAUAAAUUAUUACCGAGAGCAAGUAGGAGAGAAAACUAAGACUUAGAAGUGGGGCUGGAUUCGACAACUUCACUUUUGAUCACAAUAUUGCAGCCGCCGUCAUGUGGAUAAACAUCGCCAAUCUAAUCGUCGUCAUUGCUCAGCUGUGCGCUUUCGUCACAUCUGCAGGGGAAGCAGAUUACACACUAGAUGAUUCAUUUUGGAAUGAGGAAAGUCCUGUUGGAGAAGUGGAACGUUUACUUAAGGAAUACAGGCAAAAUCAAGAGCUUGUCCGUCGAAUUGGUGGUCACUAUUACCAAAUUAUUUAUCCAGUACAACUGCGCCAUCACGAGAAGAUGGGCAUAUCCACGCGAGAAGUCAGUCUCCCAAAGCCGGGACAGAGACCUCGACCACACGACGACAGUGGUUUUAACAGGGGUAGAACAAAGAAACACUUCCAUCGCACAUCACUGCUAAUAAAAGCAUUUAAUCACAAAUUUCGCCUGGACUUGGAGCUUAAUUCACAACUGCUUUCGCCAAACAUUCAACAGAAACAUUACCACGUGGGCGGAUAUCUUGUGGAUGGAAACCGACAUGAUAUCGAGCACUGUUACUACCAUGGGACCGUGAAGGAUUAUCCUGGUGCCAGCGCAGCCUUCCACACCUGCAACGGCGUCAGUGGCGUCAUCCACAUUGGAAACGAAACGUUCGUUAUCCACCCAUUCUACGGCGGGGAUCUAUCGAAACAUCCCCAUGUGAUUUUCGAGGCCCGCACAAAGGCGAACAAAGGAUGCGCCAACUCGGGCAACCUGGACUCGUGGCGGCUGUCGCGGCGCACAAAGCACUUGUCCGCCGGAGUCGCGGGCGUCGUCGAGGAGAUCCUGCAGGGCGGGAUGGGUCGCAACAAGCGAGACGUCAGGGAGGCCACCAAGUACAUUGAGACGGCCAUCAUUGUGGACAAGGCAAUGUUCGAUAAGCGGAAUGGCAGCACUCGCGCGGAGGUAAUCCACGAUGCCAUACAGGUUGCCAACAUAGCAGAUCUGUACUUUCGCACUCUGAACACCCGUGUGUCGGUUGUGUACAUCGAGACGUGGGGCAAAAACCAGGCUGUCAUCGAUGGCAGCAAGGAUAUAAGCAAGGCGAUUUCGAACUUUAAUGACUACACCUCGCGGAAUCUCUUCCAAAUCGAGCGGGACACCACGCAGUUGCUCACUGGUGAAACCUUUGCGGGCGGCGAGGCUGGCAUGGCCGUUCCCGAAACUGUUUGCACGCCCCGUGCUGUGGGCAUCAGCGUCGAUGUCAAUGUGUACGAGCCGCACCUUUUGGCGGGCACAAUGGCCCACAUGAUUGGCCAUAACAUCGGCAUGGGACACGACGACGGACGCGAGGAGUGCUUCUGCCGCGACUGGCACGGUUGCAUCAUGGCCCAGUCGAUUGUGGGCCAGGAGAAUGUGCAGCCAUACAAAUUUUCCGAGUGCAGUAAAAAGGAUUACAUUGACGCAUUGCGGACUGGCCACGGGCUGUGUUUGCUGAACAAGCCAAAUGAGAUUGAGCUUCGCCGAAAUUGCGGCAACAAGGUGGUGGAAGAAGAUGAGGAGUGCGACUGCGGUACUUUCGAGGAGUGUUCCAUGGACCCCUGCUGCGACGGCAUUACGUGUAAAUUGAAAUCAGAGGCCCAGUGUGCCGGCGGUGCUUGCUGUGAUCAAUGCCGCCUGCGCUCGAAGGAUUACAUCUGUCGUGACACCAAUAAUGAGUGCGAUCUGCCAGAGUAUUGCGAUGGCGAAGUUGGCCAGUGUCCCUCGGAUGUCUUUAAAAAGAACGGGUCACCCUGCGGUCUUAGCAAGACGGGCGUCUCAGGUUAUUGUUUUCAAGGAUACUGCCCCACGCUGAGUUUGCAAUGCGAGGCAAUCUGGGGCUACGGUGGAUCCGCUGCAGAUCGUCAGUGCUACGAACAGUUCAAUUCCAAAGGCUCCAUCAACGGACAUUGUGGACGUGAUGCCAAUGAGCAUUAUAUUAAGUGCGAACCCGAGAACGUCCAGUGUGGAACCCUGCAGUGCAAGGAUGGUGAACGACAGCCCGUCAACGAUGGCAUCGACCAGCUCUACUCACGAACCAUCAUUUCGAUCAAGGGCCAGGAGUUCGAAUGCAAGGCGACCAGCGGGCAAGUGGGCUCCAACAGCUAUCCGGAACACGGCCUGGUCAAGGACGGAACUCCCUGUGGUGAUAAUCUCAUAUGCCUGAACCAAACGUGUGUCAGUCUGUUUCCCCACGUGGAUCAGACCAAGUGUCCAGUCAAUUCGCAGGGUCAAGAGUGCUCAGAACACGGCGUCUGCACGAAUACCAACCGCUGUUUCUGCGACAUGGGAUGGGGCGGCAACGACUGCAGUGCCAUCGUCAUACUCACAACAGCAGUGCCAACGGAAGCACUGCCCACCCCGGAAAACACAAUUAAGAUGGAAAAGAAAGAAACCCCAUAUGAGAACUACCACGGCUCAAAUACAGUGUUCCUAGUCGGUGUUCUAAUGUCAGUUGUAGGGUUCGUUUUUAUAACAUUCACCUUGAUGGCAUUGUGCUACAGGUCAGUUGUAGUACAUAGAAACUUCUCCCUGUGUCUAAGGCGAAAGACCACAACGCUAAAGUACGAUCCGCCCUAUUCGAAGAAGCCGAUUGCGAAGAGUUACGGUGGAGCGGCGACAGCACCCAACCAUCACUCCGUGGAGGAAGUGUCCUUGGAUGGAUCCAGCAAGUUAGUCUAUGCCAAUCAGACUGGCUUCAGGGACAAGGGCAUUCAUGGACGACGCUACACGACCUGUGGCGAGGACGAUCAGUCUCAUGCAGAGAAGGGUAUAUUAAAGAAGCACGGCUAUGGUCUGGUGCACGGUGAGCAGCUGAAAGAUAAAUGGGGCGAUGACAAUCAGUCCGAUAACCUCGAGCUUAUAACCCAAGACGGCACCCUCGCGUCGACAAGCGGCGGUGCGGCCGCCUCCGAAGUGGAGCGCACGCUGAAGUCCCUCAAUGGAUACCACGAGGACAUAUUGGAGGCGCUACGCAAUGCUGCAACGCACCGUGGUACCGGAACCGGAAACACGCCCGUCGGCAGCGGCAGCCUCAGCGAAGAGAUGCUGCGCAAAACGCUGCAGGACUGCAACAAUUCCCAGCUGGGCUACUCGGCCGAGCAGCAGUAUAAACGGAAUAUCGGAUCGAAGUCCAGCUCGCGGGAGAACAUCUGCGACAAUGCGGCCGUGCACGCGAUCAUCCUCGAUGGCAGUGGAGCCGGCCUCGGUAGCAUGGGACUGGGCUCGAGCGUGGGAGCCGGUGGCGGAUCUACGUCCAUCUCGGGGGGUAUACCGCACGGUGGUCAGAUGCUCCAUCACCAUCGGUCGCAGCACCAGCUGCACCAGCCGUCGGCGGUCGGUAUGCAGCAGCAGCAGCAGCAGCAGCAACAGCAGCUGGACGAUGAUGAUGCCCCGUCGACGGGACCGCUGCGAAUACGCAACCUGGAGGAUCUAAUACGGCAGCUUGAGCACCACUCGUCCCGUCACAUGAGUCCCAGCGGAUCCGAGGAUAUACGAAUGUCGGAAACAGAAGCCGAUCGACACUAUAGAUUAGAAAGUUCCGCAGCUUGUAGUGAGUCAUCUCAAGGCUCCAAUCAGCAAAUACCACAAUCUCAGAAAACCGCUACAAUUCAUGCGUCUUACAGCAGAAGCUGUCGUCCCCGUUCCGAUGAGGAGUCUCGAUUCACAUUCGGUGGACGCUACCGACAGCCGGCAUCUUCAGGACGACACGCGCCGCACCAGUCGCACUCACCCCACGCAUUCGGGCACCACACGCACCACUCCCAUGCCCACGGACAUGCCACGCACGGUCCACACUCGUCGCACCACUCAUCACACACCCAUUUGCAGCAGGAGGACGAGGGCAUCUACGAGACCGCUGACCACCACGAGCGCCAGGUGGUCGACGCUCGGCUCGACUGCCACGAGACACCAGAUAGCGAGAGUGAUGACUUUAUUCAAGCUCAACAACAGUUAGCCCGGUGGGCGAGUGAGGAUGUGGUAUCCGUCGUGGUAUUGGACCAGCCGCCAUCCGGUACAAUGUCGGAUUCCCAACCAUACAUCGACGUCGGACCCAUUUCGGGGGCUAUAACGCAGCAGCAGCAUCCGCAGCAGCAACAGCAGCAUCAGCACCACGGCGAUCAUCAUCAAUCCUCCGCAGCGGCAUCGGCAUCGGCAGCGGGAGCGGCGACGGCGGCAGCCAACAAUUCCAUAAUGGCUUUGCCAAUCGUCCCAAAUGGUAUAAGUGUAAGUCAGAGGGACUAUUAUCCAUCCCCGCCCUCAACGGAAACGGAAAGCAGUGGAAGUGUUAUCCAGCCGCCCAUUCGUCGCGGUUUGCCAUUAGCAGCAGCAGACACGGCGGCACUAAGUCAGCAGCAUCAGCAGCAGUUGCAGCUCCUCCAGCUGCCAAUUUAUCAGCAGCAGCAGCAUCAGCAUCAGCAGCAUCAGCAUCCGCAUCAUCAUCAGCAGCAAUCAGGCGAUACCAGCAGCAGCAACAACAGUCAGUCCGAACAAAUCAUCGAGAAUGGCUGCUACCCGGAAUAUAAGCAUUGAUAUUGUUAUCUAUAUCAUGAUCAUGGUGAUGAUCAUGGCCAGGAUCACCAUCGGGAUCAUGUUCACGAUCGGGAUCCGAGUCCGGAUUACAUCCAGAAUCGCGCAUAGAUCAACAAUCAGCCACGCCCACUCCACAUUCCACUCACAUGUGCCCGGAGCCAGCGCGCAGCUAGCUUUCUCUCUAAAUAAUGAAAUUUGUAUCGACCUUUAUGAUUACUUUAGCAUAGUUACAAAUACGUUGCUCGUGUAUAAGCACAUAAAUAAAUUUUAACUUUAAGUAGUUAAGUAUAUAAAUGUAAAUGUGAAGACAAAAACCAAAACAAAAACCAAACUAGUUAACGUAAAAUGGAGCGAAGCAAAGCAAAAACCAAACAAAAAACCAAAAAGACACUUGGAGGAUAGGAGUAAAGCAAAAAAAAGAAAUGAAAAGAACAGAAAACAAACUUAACAAGCAACAAAAAAUGUGUAUUCUUAUGUGUGAGUGGUAAAUACAUAGCCAUACUUUAUUCAUAGAUUAAUAAACAAUUAUUAAGUGAGUACAUCCCAAUUUAUAUUCAUAUACUCGUCAAGAUGAGAUACAAAAACAGCAGAGCAGCAUUAACGAAAUACAAAUAAAAAUUGGGAAAUAUUUACAUAUUUUUUUGCAUACCUCGGACCAAGCAAUGCCAACGUUCGAGUAGGAAAAACUUUCAGAAAACCGAAAAAAAAACAACAAGAAACACACAAAAAACACAAGAAAACACAGAAAACCAAAAAGCCAGAUGAGAUAAAUUAACACAAAACGCAGCUGUAAAUAAGAAAACAAAACAAAACAAAACAAUUAAUAUUUAUGCUAGUUAGUAAAUUAUACGAUCCUUUGCUGGACGUGUAGAGAACUUGAACAUUUCGAUGGUCACGGAUAAGCGGCAGGAAAAUAACAAUUGUGCACUGGGCCCAGCCCGGGCUUUAAAAACCCCCUUAUUGGGGCAAUCUUACACCGACUGAUAGAAAAUUUUGGGCUAUAUUGCCAGUUCUCGUUCAAUAAUCUUAAAAACCAGAAUAAAGUAAAAGUAAAAACAAUGGAAAAAGAAAAAAUGGAAAGGCAAAACAAAAUUGCUAUAUACAUAAAUAAUUAAUAAUUCAAGAAAACAAGAAAAUGGAAAAAUUAAAUCGGAAAAUAUUAAUAUCUGUAUGGUUAAAGUAUUGAAUAUGAUCAACAUAAAGUUAAGGACAAUGCUAAUGUUAAUUUAUCGGUUUUGAAACAUCAGUAAUAUAUCGUAUUGUACCGUAAAUUAAGACAUUUAGAAUGAAACGUACGAAUUAAAAUUAUUUUCCAGCUUUACAA